AUGAGGCUGAAUGAGAGCCGGACAAGAUCCUUCCAGGCUCCUGUCACCAUCCAUAAUUACCCGGGCAGGCAGGUGUACGUGUUUCCCAAUGGCCGGAGUGAUUCAGAAGAGUCAUCAGAGGAGGAGCUCAAUGUUAUGGAAUUGCGACCGAGGGGCAAGGAGCAGCAGCAAUGCAGCACUUCUCGGGACAGAGUUGGAGAUGUGGUACUUCUGGAACGAGAAGUUACAAAGGAUGAUAAUCUUAACAAGCUAGCCCUGCAGUAUGGUUGUAAAGUCGCUGAUAUCAAACGUGUCAACAACUUCAUCCGGGAGCAGGACUUGUACGCGCUGAAGUCCAUCAAGAUCCCGGUGAAGACCCACGGGCUGCUGACGGAGAACGGUGGAGAGCUAAGGCCGCUCCCGACGGCGCCCUCCCAGACUGGCCUGAUGCUUGUGGACUUACCAGAGUCGGAUGAUGAUGAUGAUAGCAGCUCUGCUGACAGCAGACACCUGAGCGACUACUUCAAGGGGAUUGACAGGAGCAUUCAGGACGCGGUGCAGGCGGAGGUCCAGCUAAACACAGAGUAUUGCGUGGAAGGACUGGAGAGGCCGCUGCCCGAGUCAGAGAAGCAGACCAGUAACGGUGCAGACUGUGGAAUCCAGUGGUGGAAUGCAGUUUUUAUUAUGCUCCUAAUAGGAAUUGUCCUGCCAGUAUUUUAUAUCAUCUAUUUUAAAACACAAGGCCUGGUGGCCCAUACCUCCAACGCAACAGUACCCUCAACUAUUUCAACAGAUGGAUUGGAAGGGAAAUUACCACAAAGCUCAGCUGUAGAAAAAAAAUCCUGAGAUGGAGAGGCAGCCAAAUACAGCCUUUCUUCUCCUGGCACUAAAGCCCAUACACCGGUGACUCUGACUCUAAGUGCAUUCCGGGGAAUAACAUGCAUUAAGCUAGGUGUGCCACAGCACGAGGAUGCUGGCAGCACCUCAUCUUUUCAUCCUGAAAUCAAGUGUUUAAGCUGUUCAUUAGGAUGCUUUGAGUCCACCAUUGGGAAGGGUGAGCCCAGACCUCUUCUGUUCGAUGAAAUCCGUUGGAGACUUCUCUUGAAAUCCCGUGUCUCUGCAGGCAGAGCUCAUUGCGGAAUCCGUGCAUUUGCCAGGAUAGGGCUUGUCCAGAGCCAGUCCUUCAGCAUAACCACAGACAGCCAAAGAGGAGGAGGAGGAGGAGAUGCAGAACAGUGGGCACGGCUGCAGAGCAGCGACGGGAGUGGGGCAGUGCUGUAUGGUGCAGCCACCACAGCACCAGUUCUUAAUUUGAACACAGCAACACGUACAGAUUCGUCUCAAGGAUGGCAACAAAGUCCAGCUUGUGCCGCCAAACGGCUUAUCAUCAUUAAACCGUGA